AACCCAAGCAUUCAUCAACUUCCGGUGUCACAGGAUACCAGGGAGACGGUGUGAAAAAGCGGGCAUACCGAAAAUCUUCAUUGUUAUCCUCAGGCUUGAACGAUUAAAUAACGAAUUUAUUUGACUUUAAAAGUAAGACGACUACAUCUCGCUGCUCGGCUAUUCGCUGGGAUUUGCAUCUUUUUUCAAAAGGAGUCUCAUUCAUUCGUACUCGUACUCGCUAGGAGGCUAACGGGGCUCCACACUCACAGGCCCGUCCUCUGGACUUUGCUACACUCAGCUAAGCUAACAUUAGCAGGCUAACCCAUGCGAUCACGUCUUCUUUCUUAAAGAUAUUACAAGCUGCGCCGUGUAUAGGUAGCAGAAGCAGCCGUGGGGCGCUUGGCUUCUGCGCUCUAGGUGUUCACUUUGUUGCUAGCUCGAGCUAGCCACCGCCAACUGAACAACGCAGUCACCGAAAGCGCAGCAGCCCUCGCAUCUGAGAGAUGUCGGACUUCGACGAAUUCGAAAGACAGCUAUCCGAGAACAAGCAAGUAAAUGCUUUUCCUGCAGCUGAAAGGGACAAAGAAAAUCGCCACCAUCGCCGAUCCUCCUCCCGCAGCCGCAGCAGAGAGAGGAAAAGAAGGAGCAGAGACCGGGACAGACGUAGCAGAGACCGUCGCGGGGACAGUAAGGAGCGCAGGCACAGGCGCAGCUCACCAUCCAGCUACCCACAGGACAAUGCUGGAAGUCGUUCUCCACACCGUGAGAAGAAGAAGAAGGUGAAGAAGUACUGGGAUGUUCCUCCACCUGGUUUUGAGCACAUUACUCCCAUGCAGUACAAAGCCAUGCAAGCUGCAGGCCAGAUCCCAGCCACGGCCCUCCUGCCAACGAUGACUCCAGACGGCCUGGCUGUUACCCCCACACCUGUCCCCGUUGUGGGCAGCCAGAUGACCCGACAAGCCCGGCGGCUCUAUGUUGGCAAUAUUCCCUUUGGUAUAACAGAGGAAUCCAUGAUGGACUUCUUUAACGCCCAGAUGCGGUUGGGUGGUCUGACCCAGGCCCCUGGAAACCCUGUCCUCGCAGUACAGAUUAACCAGGAUAAGAAUUUUGCCUUUCUUGAGGUGAGGUGCUGCCUGUCCGACGUGUGUGUGUGUGUACGUGUGUGUGUACGUACAGGUACAGUGGAGCCUCUAGAUACCAGCGUCCAUGUUACCAGUCUGCAACUAUUGAUACCAGGAAAUAUCUACAGACCUGCUGGUCCAGAUCUGCCUCUGACACAGUUGUCUGUCUUUCAGGCCAUUGCUGGACUGAACGGUAUGCAGCUGGGAGACAAGAAGCUCCUGGUGCAGAGAGCCAGCGUGGGCUCCAAGAACGCCACUCUGUCCAGUAUGAACCAGACUCCAGUGACGCUGCAGGUCCCAGGUCUGAACAGCUCCGUGACUCAGAUGGGGGGGCUGCCCACUGAGGUGCUGUGUCUGAUGAACAUGGUGGCUCCUGAGGAGCUGCUGGAUGACGAGGAGUACGAGGAGAUCGUGGAGGACGUCAGGGACGAGUGCAGCAAGUACGGCCAGGUGAAGAGCAUCGAGAUACCGCGACCAGUGGACGGUCUGGAGGUUCCUGGAACUGGAAAGAUCUUUGUGGAAUUCAUGUCGGUGUUCGACUCCCAGAAGGCCAUGCAGGGUCUGACAGGGAGGAAGUUCGCCAACAGGGUGGUGGUGACCAAAUACUGCGAUCCAGAUGCUUACCACCGCCGGGACUUCUGGUAGAGGGAGCAUGAAGUCAGAGGAUGUCAGGAUGUUGUUCCUCUCCCCCCUCGUCUCCUGCCUUUGUUUCCAUGACGACCACACUGGGCUCACGACUAAACUUUCAUGUAACACCUUGAACUGCUUAAACAGCUGCAGGGAGACGGUAUCAGAGAGAAGGUGUUGUUAAAAAAAGCUUCUUUUUCACUAUUACUGUGUCCUUUUUGUUUUUCUCUCUCUGGAGAAAAUGUGAUUUCUUAAAACAAUUGAAAAUCUUAAAAAACCCCAUUAGUUUAUAAAGACAGGAAGUCUCUUUCAUUUGUCCAAUUUGUUUUCAAAAUGUUGAAUAAAAAGUGAAUUUACAUGA